AUGGCCAUGACCACACAGAGCACGGAGGUGGCACCGCUUGCCUACCGCAAGAUCGUGUACCACUCUGCCAAGUACAUGUCAUCUACGGUCAUCGGCAUACUCGUAGGCACGACUCGCGAGCGUGUGGAGGAUGUGAUCCCGUUCGUGCAUCACUGGCACACGCUCAGUCCCAUGACCGAGGCUGGUAUGGCCCUGGUUGAAGCGCACACAGCCAAGCACCACCAGCAGAUCCUGGGUCUGUACGAGGUGCCUGAGCAUCUAGCACAGAAGGACGUGUCGCCUACCACGGCUGCCUUGGCCGAGACACUGGCCACCAGGAUGGGCCACGCACCGCUGCUUUUCAAUCUCAAUGGCACGAAAUUGAUGGAUAUCCGCGGCGCCAUAGAUGCCACGGUUCAGGGACGCACUGUGCAGGUUCAAGUCCCCCAACCAGAGUCGCUCGCUUUGGCCCUGAGGCAGGAAUUAGGACAGGGUGUUUUUCAGUUCCUCUAUGAUUGGGACGACCAUCUCGAAAACACCCAACUCGAUUGGCUCACCAACCCCGACCUGGCCUAG